UUGUCUUAUUGACAUGGCCUGAAAGUCUCCAAUCCUGCACUAAAAUUGUUGCCUGCGCUGCUCAUCAGUGCUACAACAUGGAUGCAUGCAAAGCUCCACUCUUGCUCUGCCUUAUCCUUUAUGCAGGUGUCUUGAUAGGGCAGAGUGUGAGCCAAGAUGUUCUGGACGGGUACACUAAAACUGAUGGUGCUUGGAUACUCACGCUUCUGAAAAGCCAGUACGCUGUAAAAUCUGUGCAAGACUGUGCAGAGAAGUGCAAUACAGAGAGAUUAUUCACAUGCAGGUCCUUUAUGUACAUUGAAAAAGAUCAAGACUGCAUAACAGUAGCAGCCAACUCUAAGAUAGAGCCAGUGCUUCGGAGAAUGAGUACAGCUCUGUAUGAGAGGAAAGAUUAUUUACUAGAGUGUGUCAUUGGCAUCGGCACUGACUACAGAGGGACAAAAAGCAAGACGAAAUCAGGGAUCCUUUGUCAGCGCUGGGAGGGUACAUACCCUCAUAAGCCGAACAUCACCCCAAAGACGCACCCAAAAGCCGACCUCGAGUCCAACUACUGUCGAAACCCUGAUGGAGACAAGGGAGGCCCCUGGUGCUACACUAUGGAUGAAGGCAAGAGAUGGGAACACUGUGAUGUCCAAGACUGCACAGUGGAAUGCAUGUACUGCAGUGGAGAGAGCUACAGAGGCAAGGUCUCCACCACCGAGAGUGGACUUACCUGUCAACGCUGGGAUUCCCAGAAACCCCAUAAUCAUGGAUACAUCCCUUCAGUGCUUCCCGAGAAGUACCUGGAGGAAAACUACUGCAGGAACCCUGAUGGAGAGCCUAAACCAUGGUGUUUCACAGAGAGCCCAGCCAAACGCUGGGAGUUCUGCUCUAUUCCUCGCUGCACAACUCCACCACCAACCGUUGUGCCUCAGCUGGAUUGUUUCACUGGAGAUGGUAGCUUGUAUAGAGGCACGGUUGCUGUGACAGAAUCAGGGAAAACCUGCCAGACCUGGUCGUCUCAGUCUCCUCAAAAGCACUCGAGGACACCAGAUAAUUACCCAUGCAAAGGACUUGACGAGAACUUCUGCAGGAACCCUGAUAAUGAGAGAAGACCCUGGUGUUACACAACUGACCCACAGACUCGCUGGGAGUACUGCACUGUACCGAGCUGUGGUGACGGGCCACAUCCUGAUGAUCCAGUUAUAGCUCCAAUUGAGGACUGUUAUGAAGGUAAUGGGAGCUCAUAUCGUGGAGUUACGUCAGAGACCAUCAGUGGAAAGAAAUGCCAGUUCUGGACCUCUAUGCAACCUCAUUCACAUAGGAAGACCCCUAUGGAUUUUCCUAAUGCAGACUUGAGAAGAAACUUGUGCAGGAACCCUGAUGGUGACCGAGCUCCAUGGUGCUACACCACCGAUCCCUCUGUGCGCUGGGAAUACUGCAGAAUAGAGCGCUGUGCCACCCGGGUCAUCUCAGUACCUGCUCUUAAACCCAUAACUCCCCCAACAGCUGUUCCUCAACCCAUAUCCACAGAUGCUCCAGUCAAAGAUUGUAAAGAAGGCAAUGGUGCCAGCUAUCGGGGCCCAACAUCAACAACCAUCACAGGAGUGACUUGUCAAGCUUGGUCUGCUAAAACCCCCCAUACUCCUACCUUUACCCCUGCAUCACACCCAGACAAGGGUUUGGAUUUGAAUAAAUGCAGAAAUCCUGAUAAUGACGGCAAUGGACCUUGGUGUUAUACUACGGAUCCCAGCAAGAAGUGGGACUACUGUCAGAUCCCAGACUGUGAUGGUCAGAAGUGUGGACAGCCAGCAGUAAAACCAAGGCGCUGCUUUGGCCGAAUCGUGGGUGGAUGUGUCUCUAAGCCUCACUCUUGGCCUUGGCAAAUCAGUCUUAGAACCAGCGCUGGCAUUCAUUUCUGUGGUGGAACUUUAAUCGAUCCACAGUGGGUCCUCACUGCAGCCCACUGUCUUGAGCGUUCUACCAGACCAUCUGCCUACAGAGUGCUCUUGGGAAUCCACACGGAAGCAGCAGUUGAGCCUUCCAAACAGGUUCGAGACUUGGAGAAGAUUGUGUUGGGACCAAGAGGAACAGACAUUGCGCUUCUCAAGCUAGACAGGCCUGCACUUAUAAAUGAUAAGGUGCUGCCUGCAUGCUUACCUGAGAAAGAUUACAUUGUCCCAAGUGGAACUGAAUGCUAUGUGACUGGAUGGGGGGAGACACAAGGAACGGGUGGAGAAGGUACUUUGAAGGAGACCGGUUUCCCAGUGAUUGAAAACAAAGUAUGCAACCGUCCAGCAUACCUGAACAACCGGGUGAAGGAUCAUGAGAUGUGUGCAGGAAAUAUUGAGGGAGGAACAGACAGCUGUCAGGGUGACAGUGGAGGUCCUCUUGUAUGCUUCUCCCAGAGUACCUUUGUCCUUCAGGGCGUGACUUCAUGGGGACUUGGCUGUGCCAAUGCCAUGAAGCCUGGCGUAUACGCUCGCGUCUCCAAGUUCGUCGACUGGAUUGAAAAAGAAAUUAAAGCAAGUCCUUGAGUGCAUACAUUCAAUCACCGAGAUUCUCCAUGCCAUCAGUUUGAAGUGUACAUGGAAAUCCAGAGAUCCAAAAGUUGUUGAUCUAUUUGUGAACUGUUUUUUUUUCCUCCUUAUUUUAUUUUGUCUAAAUAUGAAGACACUGUCCAACUUUUACCUCUUGGUUAACAUCGACAGCAUUUCUAAUGAAUUUCUCGCAAGAGGAAACAAUUAAACAUGAAACAUUUA